GGCGGCGUGUUAGCUGCGGCGGCAGGAAGGCAAGGCGAGAGGGCGAUCGGCUUGACGUAGUUAGCGGAGUGGGGUAGCCGACCCCCUUUUGCCUCCCUUUUGGAGACUCUUCAGAGAAGGAAAGAUCCUUGCUUCUCUCCUUGUUAUUGGCUUCUCUUACUCCUCCAGUUGGGGUCAGAUCGUCUCAUCCUCACCCCCUCCCUCUAUUUCUCUUUGUGGAGAGUGAUCAGCUUUUGGAAUAGCCCUAUUAAUUGCCCCCAUUCAGAAGUAGUAACUGCCCCCCCAUCCCAUUUGGCAGUUGGUUUCUGUUUUAAAGCCCUUGUUCUUGUUUUGGCUGAGCAAGGGGCAGGUGUUCUCUCUCCCUUUUUGCUCUUUAGUGAGUGUACAUUUGGGAACAGCCCCUCCCUCCAUUUUACAGAUUUCCUCACCAUCCCUCCUAUUGCAGAGGAAGUGGCAGCACCCUCACGGAGCAGGGCUGUGGGGUGGUAACACUGUGAGAGUCUUGCCAAGGGUGGGGUCAUCUCGCUCCCAUACUACUUGAGAGACAGAGAAGAAGCCCCACUCGAGGACUCCUUUGUGUGUGUGGGGGGGUGCUAAUCUUGUCAAGAUACUUUCUCUUGGUGAUUAUUCUCUACAAAAAGGAAGUUCCCGUUAGUGAUUUAGGAAGAAAGGGCCAGCUCCCCCCCCAUCAUUCUCCCCACCUGAUAGACAGCUCUCCUGCUCCCUGAGUGCCAACUUGUGCAAGGAAAAGGUCUGCUUUCUUUCACCACUGAAGUGCCAAGGUUAACUUUCCCUUGACUAUCUGGGUUUUUGAACAUCCCAUUGUCCUUUCCAGGAGAAAGUAUAAAUGUCACUUUGUAUACAUGUGUGUGUGUGUUCACAAAGGGACUUAAUUACUUUUAUUAGCAAGAUAGGCCAGGAGUCUGGCAUUAAUGGGAUCCGUUUGUUCUGAGUGAUUCCUGGAGUUGAUGAAUCUACCUCAGGAAAGCUUGUUCACUUUUCCCCCACUUUUUUUUUUGGAGGGUGCUUAGUUCUGGGAGACUUGAAUAGGGUUUGCAUUGCCUGCCUGCCUGCCUUGAUACUUGAAGCAGUGGGGGUGACACACCAUGUGUCAGGUAGACCCCAGGUGGUUGAAGGAUGCCCCUGGAAAUACAUACUAGGCACGGAAGGCCUCGAACCUUUGUCAAGGGAGAAAGAGACACAGUGAAAAUCAGUAUUGAAAAUUCCUUUAAAGAGACUUGGUUUCAACUUCCGAACGGCUGAGAAGAUCCUUAUCAGAAGUCAUACCUGGGUGGUGAGAGCGGUAGAAGUCGGGGGGGAGGGGGCUUAAUCCUUCACAUCACGGUUUUGGAAAAUGGGAGCUGCCGUGCCCUGCUAGCGAUGGACCAUCCCUCAAGAGACUAGUUUUCCAUUUUCAAGUGCAGGGCACCUUUUGAAGAUGACUUAGUUGUCAAGGAAGGAGAAGACGCUCAGACUUCCAAAGGAGAAGAGCUUAACGUGAAAGACUUUGAGCAGAAAAACGAGAUAUUUUAAAGUUCAAGCUAACUAGAAACUAGAAAACAACUUAGUUGAUUUCCCCGCCCUGCACACGCUCUGUAAAAAAAGAGGCGCUGAAGUAUUAGAACGAGGUGCUGGAUCUCUGCAGAACUCUCCUGGGUUUGAGAGAGAAGUUCUCAUAGGCUUUUAUUUUUCAAUUUAAGUUAAAACCAUUUGUACAAUCGUUUUGGGAAUUCCCCAUUUACCUCCAUUGAACAUCCUUCUUCUCUUCUCCCCCCCCCCAAAAAAAAACAGUUGGGAUUAAAAGGGAGUGUUGGAUACAUCAGGAAACUGGAUUUAUAAACCUUUGGCGUGCACUUACUGGAACAAAAGCAGACUUGGGUGGUUUUACUUCGCCAUGGAGGACACCCAGCAGUUGGGCAUGUUUGUCGAAAGCGAACUGAUGGUGGGCAUGGACACUUUCAUCCACCGCAUUGACUCUACGGAAGUGAUCUACCAGCCCCGCCGGAAGCGAGCCAAGCUCAUCGGCAAAUACCUGAUGGGGGAUUUGCUUGGGGAAGGGUCAUAUGGCAAAGUAAAGGAGAUGCUGGACUCCGAAACCCUCUGCAGGAGAGCGGUCAAAAUCCUGAAGAAGAAGAAGCUGCGGCGGAUCCCCAACGGGGAAGCCAACGUUAAAAAAGAAAUACAACUCCUACGACGGUUACGGCACAAGAACGUCAUCCAGCUGGUCGACGUGUUGUACAAUGAAGAGAAGCAGAAGAUGUAUAUGGUGAUGGAGUACUGCGUGUGUGGCAUGCAGGAGAUGUUGGACAGUGUCCCCGACAAGAAGUUUCCCGUCUUUCAAGCGCACGGCUACUUUUGCCAGCUUAUUGACGGCUUGGAAUACCUGCACAGCCAAGGGAUUGUCCACAAAGAUAUCAAGCCGGGAAACCUCCUACUAACGACCAAUGGGACGCUAAAGAUAUCGGAUCUGGGCGUGGCAGAGGCAUUGCACCCGUUCGCUGAGGACGACAUGUGCCGAACGAGUCAGGGAUCGCCCGCCUUUCAGCCACCAGAAAUCGCCAAUGGCCUCGAUACCUUCUCCGGCUUCAAAGUGGAUAUUUGGUCAGCAGGCGUCACGCUGUACAACAUUACGACCGGCCUUUAUCCCUUUGAGGGUGAUAAUAUUUAUAAGUUAUUUGAAAACAUUGGGAAAGGGGCAUACACAAUCCCUGAGGACUGCAGCGCUCCACUUUCAGAUCUGCUUAGAGGAAUGCUCGAAUAUGAACCAGCCAAGAGAUUUUCAAUACAGCAGAUAAGACAUCACAACUGGUUUCGGAAAAAGCACACUCAGUCUGAGCCUCUGGUCCCCAUCCCGCCCAGCCCGGAGACCAAGGACCGGUGGCGAAGCAUGACGGUGGUGCCUUACUUGGAGGACCUUCACGGCUACGAGGAAGAGGAGGAAGACGAGGACUUGAAAGAUGACUGUUUGGAGGACGAGAUCAUCUACACUCAGGACUUCACGGUACCAGGGCAGGUGCUUGAUGAGGAAGCCAGGCAGAACGGGAAGAGUCGCAGCAGCCGGGGGCUGCCCAAGCCGGUCUGCAUGAAUGGGACUGAGCCGGUGCAGCUUGCUGGCAAGUCGAAAGGCGAGCGGCGGGCAAGCGCGUCGUCGAACCCCUCCCGCAAGGCCGUCUCCUCCACCAGUAGCAAGAUCCGAAAGCUCUCCACCUGCAAACAACAGUGACGACCUGGGCCGGAGCGUCCACCGCAGCCUGAGCCCUGAAUUCUUUGCUGUCCUUGGUGGCAGCCGCCAUCAUCAUCUUUGACUCUCUCUACACACACACCCCGGUGUAUCUCUCCCACACACACACACUGGUAGCCAAUCUGUAGAAAGACGCUUGCAAUCAAGAAAGAAAGAGGAAGAAAAAUCUUUUUUAAAAUUGAAAGACGACGACGACACAAACUUUACCAGGGGAAAAAAGGAAAAAAUAAAAGAACCCAAUGCUGAUUCGCACGCUCUUCAGCAAAUCCUGCUCUUUUUUUUAAGGUGGUGGUGGUGGGGAAAUGCUGGCUGUUUGUUCUCAGUCAGCACUAUAUCACCUCCCAAGGCACUGUCUGGAUGCCAGGACUCAUAUGGAGUUGCAGUGGGGAAAGGGGGGGGGCUGUCCCGG